CGACUCUCUCCUCCCCGCCCCUCUCAGAGCGUCUUGCCCAGGCUGUUGGUUCGCUCCGCCGUGUCUGGGGCUCAGUGAGAAGCGUGAGAGGCUGUUAUUUAGGUCUGUUACAGCAGUCAGGGGAGCCGCUCACCCAGGAGAGACGGUCAAAAAAAAAAAAAAAGCCCAGAGAGCCCGAGUCACGCUCAGCUUAGCCCCGGCCAGGCAGGAACCAGAUCUGCAUUCCAGCCGAGACGGAAAGAGAGAGGGAGGGGGGGUGAGAAAACUCUGCAUCUGCAGGAAAAGCACAGCGCAGAGUGACAGCGAGAAAAAAGACAAGUCAGUGAAGAGAGGGAAGGAAGGAUAGCUGUUGCUUGCCGUGUUGUUGUCGCUGCCUCGGAGAGUGACGUGAGCAGUGGCACCGGGACGGUACGCAGGCAGGACUGAGAACUCGUUCAGAUUGAUGCUAAGGGUGGGAGGGGGUACCAUGUUUGACUGUAUGGAAGCUCUGGGCAUGGGCCCCCGUCAGCUCUAUGAUGUCACCAGCCGUGGUGCGUGCAUGCUGCGGAAGGCGAGCCCCUUCUUUCCCGGGUUGGACCCCUUCGCCUGGACGGGCAGUGCCAGUGUUCAGUCGGUGGAGACCCAGAGCACCAGCUCAGAGGAGAUGGUACCCAGUUCUCCGUCUCCCCCUCCUCCACCUCGUGUCUACAAGCCUUGCUUUGUGUGCCAGGACAAGUCCUCAGGGUAUCACUAUGGGGUCAGCUCCUGUGAGGGCUGCAAGGGCUUCUUCCGCCGCAGUAUCCAGAAGAACAUGGUGUACACCUGCCACCGAGACAAGAACUGCCAGAUUAACAAGGUCACACGCAACCGCUGCCAGUACUGCAGGCUGCAGAAAUGCUUUGAGGUUGGCAUGUCCAAAGAAGCGGUGCGUAAUGACAGAAACAAGAAGAAGAAGGAUGUGAAGGAGGAGGUGGUGCUUCCUGAGAGCUAUGAGCUUAGUGGAGAGCUUGAAGAGUUGGUUAAUAAAGUGAGCAAAGCUCACCAAGAAACCUUUCCGUCACUUUGCCAGCUGGGAAAAUACACCACCAACUCCAGCUCAGACCACCGUGUUCAGCUGGAUUUGGGACUUUGGGACAAGUUCAGCGAGCUCUCCACCAAAUGCAUCAUCAAGAUCGUAGAAUUUGCCAAGCGGCUGCCAGGUUUCACCACCCUGACCAUUGCUGACCAAAUCACUCUGCUGAAGUCAGCCUGCCUGGACAUCCUGAUGCUGAGAAUCUGCACACGCUACACUCCAGAACAGGACACUAUGACCUUCUCAGACGGCCUGACUUUGAAUCGAACUCAGAUGCACAACGCUGGCUUUGGACCUCUAACAGACCUGGUCUUUGCCUUCGCUGGUCAACUUCUGCCUCUGGAGAUGGACGACACAGAAACCGGCCUCCUCAGUGCCAUCUGCCUCAUCUGUGGAGACCGCAGUGAUCUAGAGGAGCCCGAGAAAGUGGAUAAGCUGCAAGAGCCUCUACUUGAGGCUCUUAAGAUCUAUGCUCGUCGCAGACGCCCCAACAAACCCCACAUGUUCCCUCGCAUGCUCAUGAAGAUCACUGACCUGAGGGGGAUCAGCACAAAGGGUGCAGAGAGAGCCAUCACUCUGAAGAUGGAGAUCCCAGGUCCAAUGCCUCCUCUGAUCAGGGAGAUGCUCGAGAACCCAGAGGCCUUCGAAGACCAAACKGAGUCUAACAAAAGCACGCCGCCCCCACCUCCGCCGCUGCCGCCGCCGGCAGCAGUCGUGGUGAAGCAGGAGGCCGAGGACGAGGACGACAGCUGGGUCACAGAAAACGAGCCGUCGCCGGAAGAGGAGGACGAAGACGACGACGACGACCUGGGAGACGAGGAGCGGGACCGGGGCUCGGACAGUGACGGGGAGCCCUGGGGGGUUUCGGAUAACUCAGAUGGGUCGAGGAAAGGCCUCGCCGGAAGGGCGCAGUGAAGAGAAUAUUUCACACACAGGCAUAUCCAUACAAGUUGUAGACACACACACACAUACACACACACACACAUACAGCACAACCUCACUCACUCUUCCACGUCCAAAAAUGCUGGCCUCCUCCCCUCCCCCCUCUCCCCUCCCCCCUCCAAACUCUGCUCUCCUUGCUGCACAUCACUGUGUCUUCCUCGACGGAGCACAACAGGAGCCUUAAGUGUACAGACACCGUCUAACUCAGGCCACAUGGUCCAUGACUUGUAAACUGCAGAAAGAAGAAAAAAAAAACAUAUGAACUCCUGGCAAAGCCAUGAGGGAAGUAAACAUGACAGCAAAAUAACAGAACCUCUUUGAAAAAGCUGAAAAUUUCUUUUGUUUUCUUUAUAUUGUUGUUAAUAUCUGAAUAGUGAUACAGCCAAACCAGACUCCAGAACUGAGCAGUCGAUUGCAACAAGCACAUUACAACAAAAGUACAGGGCAAAACCAAAUUGUGUAUGCUAACCUUUUGUUUUUAGUUGUUACUGCUUUUUAAUUAUUCGUUCUUUUAGUUUUAAUUUUUCCCUCGAGUUACAGAAUAAGUCCAUACAUAUCUAUAUAAUGUCAUAUUUUUUGUCCUUUUUUAUGUGUUUAUUCUGGUUUUGUAUUUGAAUUCUUUUGGCAAGUUUUUUUUUUCCUUUUAAGGAGAUUUCCUGAGAAGACAUUCUGAGAGAAAGAAGGGUCUUCCUCACCAGCUACAGAUUCUUUAGCUUCUCGGAGCACUUUUCGCUCACGUGUAGCUCUUUUUUGAUAAUCAACCCRGAGUUUCUACAAACGUUCAUGUUGCAUUGAUGAAAUUGAUUUCUGUUAUCAGGGAGUUGGCUUUUUUUUCCUAUUUUGCCGCCAUUGUAGCCAACGAGUGGCGUCAAUGCGGGAUGUAUCUUUGUGCCAAAGUUAGUGGGGGGAAUGGGGGGGGGGGGGGCUGUCUGCGGAGCAUGAAUCUGACUUCUGGCAGGGACUCCAGCUACAAUCAGACAAUACUAACUCUACACAUAAGCUUACAAGGAAUACACGCACACACUCCUUACACUUCCUUCUCAGAGGUAGCAGAUGAGUGAGGACAGAGGUUUUGACUUAUUUGUAGCACUUUUGUGAUCCUGCGUUGAACUUCGGCACGCUUCAUAUUUUAUGAGUAAAGCCACCGUCGCUGAGCAUGUCAGAGCUGAUGAGAACAUCAGCAUAAAUGCAAUCAACCUUAUAGCACUCCCCAAUUACAUUGGAUGAAUGCUCAUGUCAGCUUAGAUACAAACAUCCACACAUAGGCUCAUUGACACAAGGAUUAAAGGCAUAUGCAAGCUGUAACAGGAUUUUGUUUUUCUUUAUUUUAAUGAGAGACAUUUUGGAUCAGACUCAGGGCUUUUCAGUGAGGACCAAACACUAGCUGCUUUUUUUUCCCUAAGGCAUGCUAGAAUCAGGCAAUAUUUAUGUGUUUUCUUAACUAUGUGUGGAUUCUCAAAUCUCUCUGUGCGUACCAAGAAGGCAAACAAGUCUGAAACACAGCUUGGAUGUCAGCCUGACUCUCUUCAGGGGGACGGAGCGUCGUCAUCUUUAUCAUUACCUGCCUCCUGACUGCGAUUGUGCUGGAAUCCAUGCAAAAAAAAAACAAAAACUGCCUUCUCAUCCCAGAAGCCAUUAUCUCAUCUUUGUCUUGUGUAUAUUUUUGUUUCUUUUUGAGGAGAAAAAAAACCAGAAGAAUGUGUGUUCUCACUUCUUAAUUGCCAAAAUGUCAAAAUGGGUGAUCAGCUGGGGAAACGAGGCUGAGCUGUUGUACCGAGGUGUUUCUUUUUCUGUCUCUGAAGCAAUAUUCUCUUUGUAGCAGUGAGACUUGUCUUCUGAAUGUGGGCAGGUUUUGUUCAUGUUUGGUGUGUGUGUGUGUGAGUGUGACUGUGUGUGUGUAGAUGUGUGUGUGUGUGUGUGCAUGAAUGCUUUAACAUGUUUUCAGUCAUCCAGGUGGACGUCUUCGGCAUGGUGCUGUCACACAAACUCAAGUGUGACCAUCUCAUCUUAUCGUGAUGGUAAUGCUGGCAAAACUUUGAGAUUAUGUUGUUUUAAGUAUUUUUUUGUUUCGUUUUUUUUUUUUUUUUGCCAACAUGGCCUUUGUGUUGCCGAUCCUCUGUUUAUGUCAACUGUUGUCAUACAAAGAAAAGCCAUAUAAACAGUAAGAGGCACAAUAAACUACUUUUGUGAGA